AUGGCUGAGGAGUACAGCCUUACGGCCGAUGACAGUAUCAUUCAUGAAGAGCUGGAGGUCCUUGAGUCUAUAUACAUUGAUGAACUUGAAGUCGACCAUGAUCACAAAGGUCAUCCAUCCAGUAUUAGCCUCCAGCUGCAUCCAUCAACAGGCGAGGAUGUACAUAAGAAGUUUGUCUGUAUGACACUGACACUCAAUGUGCCUAUCAAGUAUCCUGUUGAGCUACCAGAAGUCCUCAUUAGGAAUCCACGAGGCAUAGGGGAGGAGGAGUUGGAGAGCUUACAUGAAGCUAUGAACCAGCUGGCUGUUGAAAGAAGAGGUGGACAUAUGUUGUACGAUAUUAUUGAGCUUGCCAAGGAAAGUCUGACAGAGGGAAAUGUACCCCACUGUCCCUGUAUGAUUUGUCUGGAGCACUUUUGUGAAGGAGAAGAGUUCACACGUACUGACUGCUAUCACUAUUUCCACCGACACUGUCUGUACCGCUAUGUAUCUCACUGUAUUGAGGCACAGAAGAAUGAGGAAAACCAGCGCCCAAAACAUGGAGAACAGGAGGAAAAGAACGAGGUAUUAUGUCCAGUUUGCAGAGAGAUCAUUUACUACGACAUUGACCUCCUAUCCUUAUCCCAAGGUCAAGUGAAGGAAGAUGAUUGUCAGUACACACCCUCAGCAGAUAUCCUAAAAUGGCAAGUAGAAAUGGCAGCCAUUUUGGAAGCCCAGAGACAGAAAGGAGGAGUUAUUGACUUAGAGGCAGAGAAAAACAAGUUUCUAGUAACAGCUGAGGACACUGUUCAACUACCACGGCAAGGCCCAAGUUCUGAGCUGGAGGACAUUACAAAGACAAAUACAGAAGCAAAGGAGAACAAACUGGUGUUAGAAAAUAAGGCAGUCCAGAAUUGUCAAAGUAGGACACAGUUUAAAAAUGAUCGACAUAACAGAGCAGAUCGACCAAGGCCAGGCUCUGGUCAGAGAAGUCACAGAUACAGAGGUCCUAGAAACUACAGUCAAGAUGGACAUUGGUCAUCUGAUGGGAGGAAUAGAGGGCAUAAAACCCCCAACAAUUACCACCAAGGUCAAGGUAGUAAAAGAAAAGAAGACUACAGUUACAAACAAUCCUGGCGUAGAUCUGACCAGACAGAUGUCAACCAUGGAACUAUUUCGCCCAAAAAUGAAGAUGUGGAUAUAAACAAAAAUUGUGAAUCUACUUCUGAAAUAGAAGUUGAAAGUGUGUUAAGGUCUGAAAGUAGAACUGUAGCAAAAGAUGAUGAUUCCAAAGACAAACAGGUGCACAACAAUAAGACUGAAAUCUGUGAUAAAGACUUGAAAAAAGAAAACCCAAACCAUGAUCAGAAAGACCUAGACGGCGCUGUGAUUUCUCCCCGGAAAUAUACAGACAAUCAGACAGAGCAAGUUCAUGUGGAUUCUGUUAAAAGAAAAGGAUUUCCAGUGUCAGAAAGCAAAAGUAGUGCAAAGUUUUCUAACAAUGCAAAUUACAGGGAUAAUGAAAGUAGAAAGUCUGAGAAUGAAAAUAGCCAUUAUUAUCAAGGUAGAAAUAAGGAAAGAGGACAUUCAAGUCAUGGCAGAGGUCAAGGUCGUUCAGAAAGAGGUCGUGGACGUGGUUCAAGGCGAAGUGCAAACCAAGAAGACCAUAGAGUGUCCAAUGGUAAAUACGAUAGAACACAAGACAAAAAGGAAAGAGUUGGGAUGAAUAGCAAAGCUAACAGAACAGAGAUCCAGGGCAAUAAUGACAAAGGAUUGGUCUAUGAGGAAAUUGGUGGUAGAGAAGUAAGCUGUGAUCACAAACAAACAAAUAGAUACUCAGGAAAUGGGGAGUCGGAAUACAACAUUGAAAAUCACACAGAGUCACAUAACUCAAGGGGAGACAUGAGGAGAAGUGUUGAGACUUCCUCAGAAAAGUAUGGUGGCAGAUUUACUAAGGCUCGGAAACAUUUGAACAAGGAUACACAUGAACGUGUAUUUGAAAGUGAUCAAAAGACAUAUGAUAAAGCUAAAAAUAAUCUGCCAAGUUCAGGGUUUAAGCGACCACCACCAGGAUUUUCUCAGGUCAAAAAUGUAAAAAGUCACGUCAAAAUUCCACCUGGGUUUGAGAAACUUGAAACAUCUAGUUAAAUGAAGUUGUGGCUGUUAUAGCAAUGGUAGGUUAUGAUUACUGUUAAAUCAAAUACUGUGAUGGAGAUCAGUGUUUGUAAUAACUAAUAGCAAUGGUAGGUUAUGAUUACUGUUAAAUCAAAUACUGUGAUGGAGAUCAGUGUUUGUAAUAACUAUUUCACGGACAUUUGAUUUUGUGGAACAUUAUGGUAAAACAAUUGUAUUCACUGAUUUUUUUUAUUAUUGCCCAUAUCUAUCAGGUGCAUCACUUCAUGAACAAUGACAGCUGGGAUUUUUUGGAAAUAUGUGAAAAAGGAUAAUUUUGAAAAGGAAAUCCUUAUCUGUUGAUCAACAGUCUGGAUAUGUAAAUUUUUGCGUCAUGAUAACGCAUGCACACAAUACACUGUCGCCUGUAAACAAAAACGGCUUCCCAGCUGAAUCUAUUGGGAUAAUGUUGGCGAUUAAUGCCACUUAUUUUGUGAUUCUGAAUUUACUGAAGAGUUAUCAAACAACAUUUGCCACACCCACAACAAGAUCAGGUGCUGAAAAACAGGAUUUUACUUACUAUGUCUCUAUUGUCACUGUCAUCUUUGCUGGCCAUCGUGUGUUCAUGUUUACAGAAUUAACUGCCUCGUUUUCAAAACUUUUUUGCAAUGUUAUUAGUGCUAAAUUUGAGAAGGGUUUCCUGAGCCAAAGAAAUGGUCAAGCUGAAUAUUGGAAAUUGACUCUGAAUAUCAGGAUAACCUAGAAAUGGGAAUGUAUAAAACAGGUGUAAUCUGUAACAAAAUUAUUGUUUUCACCCUGAUGUCCCUUUAAGUCUACAUAUAUUUAUUGUACCAGGGUAACAGGGACAUAUGAAUUGGUCUUUUAUAAUUCAUUACCCAUGAAAUCAAUAAAAAUAAAUUCCCCGCAGGAAUUUGUGAUUUAACAAUACAUCAUGUUUAAGUGUAAUGCUUACACUAUUUUUACCCGAGUGUUAGAGAAAGUAAAAUUUAUAACAAGGAAAGAUUAUAUGUUGGUUUGUAAGAACAGGAAAUCAUUGAAUAGUUGUUUAAUUAUUUUGCAAAUAAAGCAAUGUGGAUUUUUUUUAUAAAUGCUAUGUAGAUUAUAGGCCUAGAGUUAUCACAUAUUUCUGCAGAUUGUAACCAUGGCUACUAACAUAUACAUGUAUGUUUCUCUGUAUACUUCUCAUUGAUCAAAUUACUGGGUGAUUUAGUGUAACAUACACAGACUACAAUAUUUCUUAAAAUCAUUUUUCAUUAUUUAUUGAUAUUACUUUAUAUGGAAUUGAUGUACUUGAUUCAA